CUGUGGAAAUCAUUCUGACAAAAAACUAAAUUACCAGAACCAAUAAACGAUGUUAAAGCCUGUAAGUAGUCGGAAAUCCAGCUGGCCUAUUUUCAAGAAUGGCACAUUGUCACUAGAUGGCAGUAAUGCGACGUACUAAAAUCUGCAGAAGAAGAAUAGUCAGCGCGAAAGUUUUGUAAUCAGAAUGGCUUCCAAAACAGGUCGUCGAGGAGUGAAACGCAAAGCUGCUGAGGUCCAGGCAGAGGAAGCCUCUGUGGGCGACACCGAAAAAGGAGAGAAUGCCUUGCAGCAAGAGGGAGAGAGAGUGGUGAUAGAGCACUGCAAAAGCUGAAGAGUGUAUGGGCGAAAUGCACAGGAGGUGAAGUCUGCACUUCUCAAUGCACGCCCUGAUCUCACUGUGCUUCUCAACCCACAAAAACCUCGCAGGAAUAGUUUUGAGAUUACCUGGAUGAAUGGAGACAAAGAAAAAAUAUUAUGGACCGGAUUAAAGAAGGGACCACCUCGAAAGCUGAAGUUUCCUGAACCAAGUGUUGUGGUUUCUUCUUUAGAGGAGGCCCUGAAGUCUGAUUAGAUGCGAAGUGAAGAUUUAUGUUUUUCCAAGAGAUAUGGCAGUUGAAGCCGCAUGACGAAGACAGACCAAAGAGAUCUUCUCAGUCUUUCUUCUGAUGAAACCGCUUCAGCUGCUGAUUACUUGGAACAAGACUGUCACCUAGUGGGAUAUCUGAGAAAGAGCGCAUUUUGUUUGCCCUUUUUUAAAUUUUUUUUAAUUAAAUUUGUUUUUUUUUCUUUUUUACCGUGGAAGUUCAUAAAACUCCUAAUAAAACUCGUUUACCACCA